CAUACCCUCAGCAAAUUCGGUGCAGUUCGGUUUAAAUUUUGAGGCUAAAACUACAAAUUUGGUAGUAAAGUGAUUUAAAGUUAAUAUCAAUCAAAUUAAAUUAUUUCUUUAAACAAAAUGUUUACUUGGGAAAAAGUUUUAGGAAAGUAUUACUUAGCUUUGUAUGUUGUGAUACUUUUUCUGAUCAAUAAAGGAAUAUGUAAUCUUGAAAAUUUUGAACCUGGCCAGUGCCUCUCCAAAUUCGACUACGAUUAUAACGUGAUGCAGAAAUUAUGGCAAUUUGUGAGAGACAUUCAGGAAUUGAAACAGAGGGAUACAUGUAGAGAUACCAGGCAUGUAGCUUUCAUGGCAGAACUGUCGGCAGAUCUAGUUAAUCCCUCUAUCGGUACAACAAUUGUUUUUGAUACCGUUCAUACAAAUGUCGGCGAUGGUUACAAACCUGGACCAGGGAUAUUUGUUGCUCCAGUGAAUGGCACAUACAAUAUCAAUCUUGUAGCGUCUUCUAGUACAAAAGCUUCAUCAUCAGCUCUUCAUCUGUACAUCAUGCACAACGAGGUACAAAUAGGCUAUGUCUUCCUGGAUUAUAACUCUGACAAAUGGCUUUUUAGAUCUACCACAGCUGUUGUAGAACUAAUUGCUGAUGAUACAGUUUUUGUUAAAGUCGGGUAUAGAGAAGGAGCAGGAACAGUAAAUGGCGCAGGUUUUCAUACACACAUCAGUGGUUUUCUGAUUAAUUAGGACUGUUAAAGAGCAUGCGGAAGUUAUUUGUUGCAACUAUUAAUCGCAAAAUGCCAUAGCAUAUAACUUGUAUAUUUACGUUUAUUUACUAUGUUUUUGCUUUGUUUUAUACCCAUAUAAAUCACACACUACUGAAGAUUGGUUAAGAGUUGCGAUGGUCUUAUGUUCGCGAAUAUUUGCUUACGAUGCCACUCGCGGAUUCAAGAUAUUCGCCAAAAUUGAUCUGUAUCACGUCCUAAAUCACAGACACUCACGGAAACAGGAUCCCGUAUAUUUUAGAUCUGCGAUCAACAGUUCACGUGAAGAAAUUCAACUUAAUGAAAAUACAGUUUAUAUUGAGGUACUUCAUGUUUAAAAUAUUUGAUCUUCUUAUAAAUGUAGGAAGAUAACUUGACACUUGUAUACAUAACAAUAUAUUAAUGACAUACGCGGCUAAAAUUUCCUUAUUUAAUGACAGAAAUAUAUCUUAUAAACACGGCUUAAAAGUUAUUAUUAUAUUUCUAAUUAAAUUUUUCUUUUCUCUGCGAAUUUUCUAUGUACUCAUAAUUAUCUAAUUACCAUCCUAUAUGUAUUCGUACUGUCGAUGUAUCCAUUCUUGAAUAGACAAAUGAGCCGCGCGAUGAGAAAAACAACAUAGUGCGUUUGCGACCAGCAUGAAUCCUGACCAGACUGGUCUGGAUCCAUGCUGGUCGCAAACUCACUAUGUUGGUUUUCUCAUGGCGCGGCUCAGGUAUAAACGGACAUAUAGACGUUUAUGCCGAAACAUUUUGUCAAUGGUAGUGGUAGUUACUAGCAUAUAAUCGGUUUGUAAACAGUAUGGAAUUAAUUUUUAUAAACUACAAAAGUGAUUUUGAACAACAAUAUAUCUGUAAUUUUGCACUUGCAUUCGGAUGUUUGGAUUUAAUUUUAUUUAAGAAGCUACAUAAACUCGUGAGCCUUCAAGUUUGAAAAUAAUUUUAGAAAAUUGAUAUUUCUAAAAAAAUGAAUGUGGAAAGUCUUCGGAAGUCUAGAACGCAACCAAGCGAAAUAACUCGAUCUGACACUCGAUUUGAUUGGGUCUGUUAUUGUCGUAUCAUUUUACACCUGCCAGCCGCCGUGUUUUGUACAUACACUUAAGCCAGGCGUUAUUUUAUAAACGUGUUUAUAUGAGUUUCUGUUUAUCUGAGUUUCAUAUAUUCAAUUUUCAUUUUUUGCUCAAUAUUCACAUUAAACACAACAAAUUGCAAGUACAUUC